GCACACAGGUCAAUGGACAUCAGAUCAUGGACGAGCCCAUGGAGGAGGGAGAGUCUUUCACGCACUGUGAUGAAGGUGCUUAUAAGGAGAUUCCUAUCACCCAUCAUGUGAAAGAGGGCUGUGAAAAGGCUGAUCCAUCUCAGUUUGAACUUCUUAAAGUGCUUGGCCAGGGUUCAUUUGGCAAGGUGUUUCUUGUCCGGAAGAUUAUAGGUCCAGAUGCUGGUCAAUUAUAUGCAAUGAAAGUUUUAAAAAAGGCAUCAUUGAAAGUCAGGGAUAGAGUUCGCACUAAAAUGGAAAGAGACAUUUUAGUGGAAGUCAAUCAUCCCUUCAUCGUGAAGUUGCACUACGCCUUUCAGACCGAAGGGAAACUAUAUCUAAUACUGGACUUUCUCAGGGGAGGGGAUGUAUUCACUCGUUUAUCCAAAGAGGUUAUGUUUACAGAAGAAGAUGUGAAAUUCUACCUUGCAGAGCUGGCCCUGGCCCUCGACCACCUGCACAAUCUGGGCAUAGUUUACAGAGACCUCAAGCCAGAGAACAUCUUACUUGAUGAAGCUGGACAUAUAAAAUUAACAGACUUUGGUUUGAGUAAAGAGUCAGUGGAUGCUGAUAAGAAGGCCUAUUCUUUCUGUGGUACUGUGGAGUAUAUGGCCCCUGAGGUGGUCAACAGGAGAGGUCACACACAGAGCGCAGACUGGUGGUCACUGGGAGUACUGAUGUUUGAGAUGUUAACGGGGACAUUACCAUUCCAAGGGAAAGACCGCAAUGAGACGAUGAACAUGAUUCUCAAGGCUAAGUUGGGAAUGCCCCAGUUCCUCAGUUUAGAGGCCCAGAGUUUGUUAAGAAUGCUGUUCAAAAGAAACCCUGCAAAUAGGUUAGGGGCUGGUCCAGAUGGCGUGGAGGAGAUCAAACGGCACGCUUUCUUCUCCACCAUCGACUGGAACAAACUGUACAGAAGAGAGCUUCAGCCUCCAUUCAAGCCUGCAGCUGGGAAACCAGAUGAUACUUUCUGCUUUGACCCAGAGUUCACUGCAAAAACCCCUAAAGACUCCCCAGGUAUACCUCCCAGUGCAAACGCUCACCAGCUCUUCAAAGGCUUCAGUUUUGUGGCUCCGACUCCGAUGGACGAGAACAAGAGCUCACCACUGCUUAGCAUUCUGCCCAUCGUCCAGAUGCACGGAGGUUCAGCAAAAUUCUCGGACCUUUACGAGCUACAAGAGGACAUAGGAGUUGGGUCGUACUCGAUCUGUAAACGCUGUGUUCACAGAGUGUCUGCCAUGGAUUACGCUGUGAAGAUCAUUGACAAAAGUAAAAGAGACCCCUCGGAGGAGAUUGAAAUCCUGAUGCGAUACGGGCAGCAUCCGAACAUCAUCACGUUGAAAGACGUGUACGACGAGGGCCGGUACGUUUACCUGGUGACGGAGCUGAUGAAGGGCGGAGAGCUGCUUGACAGAAUCCUCAGACAGAAGUUCUUCUCUGAGCGAGAGGCCAGCGCUGUGCUCUACACCAUCACCAAGACAGUUGACUACCUCCACUGCCAAGGGGUGGUGCACAGAGACUUGAAACCGAGUAACAUCCUUUACAUGGACGACUCUGGGAAUCCCGACUCGAUACGAAUCUGUGACUUUGGUUUUGCCAAACAGCUCCGAGGAGGAAAUGGGCUGCUGCUCACACCCUGCUACACUGCCAACUUUGUGGCACCAGAGGUACUAAUGCGGCAAGGUUAUGACGCAGCCUGUGACAUAUGGAGUUUGGGAGUUCUACUGUACACAAUGCUGGCGGGGUACACGCCGUUUGCAAAUGGGCCAAAUGACACACCAGAGGAGAUCUUACUCCGAAUAGGAUCUGGCAAGUUUUCUUUGACGGGUGGAAACUGGGAUACUGUCUCAGACUCUUCAAAGGACCUCCUGUCUCACAUGCUGCACGUGGACCCCCAUCAGCGGUACACAGCCGAGCAGGUGCUCAAACAUUCCUGGAUCACCUGCAGAGACACACUACCGCACUUCCAGCUCACGAGACACGACGCACCGCAUUUAGUCAAGGGAGCAAUGGCUGCCACUUACUCUGCUCUGAGCCAGAAGACCAGCCAGCCCGUGUUGGAGCCAGUGGCGGCGUCCAGUUUAGCUCAACGCCGAAGCAUGAAGAAACUCACCUCCACCGACAUGUAGUCCCCCAUAAAAACUCUAAAAACUACAACCUCAGAAUCUCAACAGGACUAAGCAGAUCUACACGAGCUCUGGCCAGUCGCACUUAUACAAAAUACUGUCUCCCUGAGUAUUUUUUUAACGUAUUUAUUAUUAUUGUUUUUGGACACGCCCUUCAUAUGCAUUCACACUGGACGAGGUUGCAUCAUGAAGAAGUCAGCUGAUUAUGACAUAUCUGUUACUGCUGCGGAGAGAGACGUGUGCAAACCCCACAUCAGUAAAUUAGAAUGUAUUAAAGGGGAAAGUGAAUUGUGUUUUGGUAGUGUGGUUCAAAGAUACAUUAGAGUAAUAGACGAAAAUGUUUCAAGCAUGUGUUCAUUUUAAUGGCAACGGGUAUUUAACAUUAUACAGUGAGUGAAACAGGGCUUAAAAAAUACUUUAUUGUAAUUCAGGUCUAAAAUGGGACUCGACUAGGUUCAAAAACAGGUCUUAAACCAGGAUUUAAAUUGCGAUCAAAUCUAGACUAAAGAGACGAAGACUAAACCAGGGCUAAACCAAAACUAAACCAGGUCAAAGCUAGGACUAAACCAGUUCAAAAAUGUGUCUAAAUCAGGACUAAAGCAAGUCCAAACCACAGUUAAACCAGGUCAAAGCUAGGACUAAGCCAGGUCUUAACAUGAUUAAACUGGAACUGAACCAUUUCUAAACCGGAACUAAAUCAGAAUUAAAACCAGAUUUAAGACAGGUCUAAACCAGGUUUAAACCAGGUCUAAACCAGGUCAAAGCUAAGAUUAAACCAAGUUCUAAUGUGACUGACUAGGACUAAACCAUGACUAAACCAGGUCAAAGCUAGUAUUAAACGUGGUCUUAGUAUUACUAAACCAGUACUAAACCAGGACUAAAACCAGGUCAAAGCUAGGUCUAACUCAUUUCUACAUGUUGGUGCUAAUUUCAGUUUUAACCUCCAUCAAACCAGGACUAAAACAGAACUGAAACUGACCCUACAAUAAAUUUAUUUGUGACUUGAACUCCUAAGUACGUAUAUGAAUAUUUUUUUAUAAGUUUUCAAAAGAUAUUUUAAAAUCUGAAUAUUUUAUUAGUGACUGAACAUUGAUUCCAUAUUCAUUCUAAAUAUCCCAUCACACUGAAACACAUGCUUGAAUGUUUUAUCCUUAUUUAUCUUGUCCGCAUAUCACUUUGAGCUACACUACUGACUCCAAUGGCGUUUCUCAUGUUUUAAUGUAUUGAUGUCGGGCUUAUUAUAGUUUAUUUCCACAGCUCUCAUAUGCACUUGGCCUCCUCGCCUUCUCGCCCUCUCUUCCUCUGGCCGGGGGAAGAUACGCACCAGCUGAUGUUUUUCCUUCACUGUGAUUGGCUGAUUCAAAGCUGCUUCAACAAACUGUGGACCCCCCUGAGACCCCCCACUGCUCUUCAUCGAUGUAUCUAAGCUUAAUAUUUCUUUUUUUUUUUUUUUUUUCCCCUCUUUCUAUGUGUACGUCAUUGCUUUUUUUGUUUUGUUUGUUUUUUUGUUUUUUUUUGUUGCUUUGCUCGCUUUUUUGAUGUAAGUGGGAGAGUGCUGGGAGGGUGGUGUAUUGACUUAAGAGGGGGGAAAUAUGACUGUUUAUUUUCUGAGGGCUUUUAAUAGAAGAUUAUAGAGUUUUGCCUAAAAGAAGAAAAAAAAAAAGUCCCCCAUGAUCAAAAAAAUACAUCGACCAGCACUUCUGUUUCAUUCACCAAUCAAGCAUAAUGUUAAGACCACUGACAAAUGAAAAAACAGUGUUAUUUUGUUAUUUUAAAUUUGCACAGUAUAUAUCAGACACAAGUUAACGUUUCAAAGUUGCUGUGUCGUAACAAGUAGGACGAACUUGGAUACUUGAAUACUUGAAUUUUGUCAGUCUGCAAAAAAGUUAAUAGGUAAUGUAAUAUCUUUUGCAGAGAAAUGAAUGUCCCUGUAGUAGUUUGUAGUAGUUGAUACUCUGGAGGUGGUUACCAUGGUGACACAAUACACAGACAUAAGAUAGUCUGAAAAAACACAAAAGGAUUUAAAAUGCUGAUUUUCAGGAGUGACAAACUGAAAAACUGUAGGCUUUUUUUUUUUUUUUUCCCUCUAACAUGAAAUCAUAAAAUUACAAAAUAUAACAUUACAUAUACCCAACUGAGGUCUUAAAUUUGCAAUUAAAGGUGCACUACGUAACUUCAGACGUGGAAGACUGGCUACUUGCUUGUCUCCAUGAAGAUAUGUGAAGUUAUUUUAUUUUAUUUUAUUUUUGCACGGAAUGGUCCACAGUAUGGGAUUAAACUUAUCUGCCGUGCAUGUAUUCAAAUACAGGUGUUUUAUAGCUCAAAUAUACCUUGAUAAACUUUAAUUCUUCUUAUGUGCAGGCUUGCUUCUCCAUAGAUCUUACCAGUAACUUGUCUCCAUUGUGAUUAACCAAGUUUAUUUCCAUAUUGUAUAACAUUCAACGCAAUUACAUCUCCAUGGAGACAAGCAGGCGGCAGAUCUUACACCAGAAACGUUACACAGUGCACCUUUAAGAUAAAAAAAAAAAAAAAAAAAAGCAAAACUGGGUCAGGUGAUUCAGGUGAAAUAAACUGAUAAAAUAGAAUUACAUCAGAAUACAGAGAUUGUUAGUUAGUUUUAUUAUUAUAAUGUAUGUUAAGUUGGUGGUCAUAAUCUUUUGCCUGAUUGGUGUAGAUGCAUGCAGGUGACCGCAUCAUUCUUUAAAAUUCCCCGUCAUGUUCACGUGUGAUGUUACAGUGUACUGAAUGUGAUUGCUGCAGAUGGACAAAGCUUAAAAAAAAUAAAGUGCUGAAAUGGCGCUAAUGUGAAGUAUUGAAGCUGUUUGCAAUGAAGAGCACGUGGGGGCGCUAUAGGGUCUUCGCAGGGGGGCAGGACGCACCCCUUUGAACCAGAGAAGCUGAUUUAUAAAUAUAUAUAUAUGUAUGUAUAUAUAUAUAAAAGACAUUUCCAUGGAUUCUCUUCAAAAAGACAUUGUGGAAAUUGUAUGAUAAUGUAUUUAUUUCAUUUGAUUUUUAAGAUUCUAUUUUUCUUUCAGGUUAUGUAUAUAUUGACAUUAAAGAUCAUUAUUGACAUGCA